GAACUCAGUCGGUCCAGUCCCCAAUCAUCGCAAUGCCAGCACUGGACGGGAGCCCUAGGAGGGCAGUGACGGCCAGUCUAACCGCUUUAGGCCACUCCUUCCCAUCAUCUCCCUCUCUCUCACACCGGGAACGAGUCCACUGGUCCUGCCUUCCCCCCCCAGGCCCAGGGCCACACAACCAAUGCACACUAACUAACUCCUUCCUCCAACACUCCAGCUCUUUCCACUUUCCUACCUACCUCCUUCCUGGGCUCCUUCCUAGGCUCCUACCACUUACUAACUCGCGCCCACUGCUCACUGCUCACUGCUCACUCCAGCUCUCUCCCACCACAGUCUCGUUACCGUUACUAAGAGCUCCGUGCCCAAGCCCCAAACCUGCAUUUCCCGCUACACCCUGUGGCCCAUACCUCAACCUCUUCACCUAUCCUCUACUCUACCUCACUCAUCUUUCAACCUUUCUUCAUCCUCGCUCAACUCUUCCGUCGAAGCUCUACAAUUCCCUCAUAACGCAACGGCGUCGAGCAGCCGUUGCUCCCUUUGCUUUGCUCUGCCGUCGUUCCAACUCUUCCGUGCGCCUGUUCCAUCCGGCCCCAGCUGUUCUCUUCCUUCGGUUCACGUCCCCAAAGUCCACCCCUGGAUCCCUCGCCCAUCGCUGUCUCAUUUUCCCACACGGUCUCCUACCGCCAUCGCUUGCCGUACCUCUUGACACGUCGUCCUCGUAAUCAUGGCCGACGAGUCUAUCCAACAGAGGAUACAAAUUGCCCGUCGCGAUGCCGAAGCAUUGAAGGACAAGAUAAAGCGCAAGAAGGAUGAACUUGCCGACACGACCCGUACGUUU